ACGACGUAAGGGAGCGCUUGUGGAUCGUCUGGGUGUCGGAGUUGGUGCGACGGCGGCAGUGCGUUGCGUCUCUGACCCGACCCCCCCGCGGAACCCGGGGAAACAGGGGGUUGGACGAGGGAGGAGGGGAAAAAUGGCGAGCUGAUAUUCAACCCGUGCGAGGAAGGUUUCGCGGGGGAAUCCCUCCCACCUUCUUUUUUAUUCAUCCAAUAUACAUUACAUUUUCAAAUUUCACGAGUGCGUAACGGUAAAAAGGGAAGAAUAUGUGAAUUUCUUGUUUUUGUUUUGUUAAAUGUGUUAACGGUAUCACCGGUCGCGAAUAUGGGUCGCCAUACGUGUUUAUGUCGGUGAUGGGUAGAUCACGAAGUUGAAAAAAAAAAGGAAGUUUUAAAAAAUUUAACUGUUUGUUUUAAGUUUCUCGAGGUAAUUUCGUUAGAACGAUGCAGCAGCCGAGCCAAGCGGCGGCGGUGCCCAACGCCUCUCCCGCGUCCACGGGCGCCACGGGAACCGCGACGACGACCAAGACCCUCGUGAACGGGGGAAGAUUCGACUUCGACGACGGCGGCACGUACUGCGGCGGCUGGGAGGACGGCAAGGCGCACGGCCACGGAGUCUGCACGGGGCCCAAAGGCCAGGGCGCCUACUCGGGCUCCUGGCACUACGGCUUCGAGGUGUCCGGCGUGUACACAUGGCCCAGCGGGAGCUCGUUCGAGGGCCAAUGGCAGAACGGCAAGCGCCACGGCCUGGGCGUGGAGGCGCGCGGCCGCUGGGUGUACCGCGGCGAGUGGACGCAGGGCUUCAAGGGCCGCUACGGCGUGCGCCAGUCCGCGUCCUCGAGCGCGCGCUACGAGGGCACCUGGGCCAGCGGCCUGCAGGACGGCUACGGCUCCGAGACCUACGCCGACGGAGGCACGUACCAGGGCCAGUGGCUGCGAGGCAUGCGCCACGGGUACGGCGUGCGGGCCAGCGCGCCCUUCGGCCUCGCCUCGCACUACAAGCCGAAGACGGUGCGCGCGUCCAUGACGUCGCUGCGCAGCGCGGAGGCGGCCGGCGGCGGCGGCGGGGGCGGGCUGGAGCCGACGGCGGAGCGUGACCGCCGCGUCGACGACUCCAGGGGCGGCUUCGUGCUGAAGGCGCGCAGCGACGAGGCGCCCGUGCGCCGGCGGUCCCUGGUCGAGAAGUCCACCAACAUCAAGAAGUCCAUCCUGUCGAACCUGAAGCUGAAGAAGCAGCGCAGCACGGGAGAGCUGGAGAAGAAGGGCACGUCCGCCAGCAUCAGGAGCACCGGCUCGACGGCCUCCUGGGUCAGCACCGAGUCCACGCAGUCCGUCAUGACCAACGCGUCCGUGCACACCGACUCCAACGCCAGCUUCGUCGUCGAGGACGAGCAGCUGGACCCGAGCGUGACGGAGACGUACAUGGGCGAGUGGAAGAACGACAAGCGGUCCGGCUUCGGCAUCAGCGAGCGCUCGGACGGGCUGCGCUACGAGGGCGAGUGGUUCGCCAACAAGAAGUACGGCUACGGCGUCACCACCUUCCGCGACGGCUCCAAGGAGGAGGGCAAGUACAAGAACAACGUGCUCAUCACCUCCCAGAAGAAGAAGCACCUGUUCCUCAUCCGGUCGGCCAAGUUCCGGGAGCGCAUCGACGCGGCGGUCAACGCGGCGCAGCGCGCGUCCAAGAUAGCGCUGCAGAAGGCCGACAUCGCCAUCUCCAGGACGGCGACCGCCCGAGGGAAGGCCGAGUUGGCAGACAUGGCUGCGGACCACGCCCGGGAGGACUCGGAGAUCGCGCGGGUCACGGCCAAGCAGUUCGCGCCGGACUUCCAGCAGCCCGGCUUAGACAGGAUAAGAACUAGAGAUGUUCCUAAAUUCCGACCACCACCUGAAAAUGCUCAACCGGGGAAGUCCAUACUUUCUCAGCCGUCUGCGGGUCAGAAACCAGUCCCGCCGCAACAGAACAUGCAAGCCCAGCAGUCUCAGCAGUACCAGCAGCAUAAUCAGCUUCCCGCGAGCAAGCCGCAGGUGCCGUUGCAGCAGCAGCAGCAGCAGCAGCAGCAGCAGCAGCAACAGCAGCAGCAACAGCUGCAGCAGCAACAGAUGCAACAGCAGCAGUACCAACAGCAGCAACUUCAACAGCAGCAGUACCAGCAGCAGCAACUGCAACAGCAGCAGCAGCAACUGCAGCAGCAGCACUACCAACAGCAGCAGCAUCUGCAGCAGCAACAACUGCAGCAGCAGCAGCAGCUGCAGCAGCAGCGCGACCAGUACUUGCAGCAGAACGCGGUGAACGCCCCAACGAUAGCGACGGCGGACGCGGACGUGGGCAAGCCGUACAUGAACAAGGUCGGGCCGGGGGAGCAGACGUCGCCGACCAACCGGAUACCCAACUCCAUACCGCAGCAGGCGUCCGUCCAAGACGACAUGGCGGCGCCCGGGGACCAGGCCUCCGUCCCCAACAGCAACCUGCGGAGGAACUCGAAGCUGGUCAAGGCCUCGGAGACGCCCGCGUUCAGCUACCAGCAAGCCAUGAACGACCGCUUCGACCACUACAAAAGGCCCCCGAGCAGAGACAGCAGUGUAGACAGGUACACGAGGGCCACGGCCAGACUGAGCAUGGGCUCUCGACAGUCGUCGGUGGACAAGGCGCCGCCGGGACGGGAGGCGUCGGCGGACCGUGUCGCGCGGGGUGCCACGCCCGGCCCGAUGCCGCCGGGCGCCGCCGGGAAUGGCGCCGCCGUGGGCCCGGGGGUGGCCCCCGGCACCCAGGCCCCCUUGUACACCCUCCCCAACUCUGUGGGCGGCCAGCUGCCCCUCCCCUUUGAGGACGCGAUCCUCCGGAAGAGGGGGCUCGGCCAGGACAUAAUACCGUCACCCGGGCAGCCCAAGAGGACUGAGUCGCUGUACAUCAACCCCGGGAAUAAGAGGGAGCCCGCGCUCAAGGCCAUGCCCGUCCCGACUACGACGUUGCAGCGCAAGAAGAGCCUGCCAGACGUGCAGGCGCUGCCCAAGGCGACGGACCCCAUGUCGCGCGAGGAGGUGUCCGUGCUGAGCUCUGCCCGCCGCGAGGAGGUCAGGAGGAUGCACGAAGAAGCGGAGCGGCUGCGCGCCAACCCGCUCCUCUACCUCGUCAGUCCGCACGUCAAGGACUGGUUCUCGCGCCAGCAACUGGUGAUGCUCGUGCUGUUCAUCAACAUCUCGCUGGCCAUCAUGUUCUUCAAGCUGCUCACAUAGUCCACGAGGCGCGGGCGCCCGGCGCGCUUGUCGCACGGAGAAGAGCGCGCGCUCUUCUGUUUGUCAUUUUUUUAAAAAAUCGCCGGACGAGGAGAUCCAUGCCUCGUGGCGUCCCACACACCCACACACCCACACACACACACACGAGAGGUCGUGACGUAACAAGCCGCAUGUAAUUUGUUUUUUCUUGUCGUCGAUGAGGCGAAUCUGCCAACAACAAAAAAAGAAACUUGUCAUUUCCGCAGAGCCGAGCGACAUAGGUAUCGAUAUAUACAUAAAUAUUUUUUUUGUUUGAUUUCUUUUUUUUUUUUUGUGGGGAGGGGAGGGUGUAAACUCGUUUUUCAUCGCCAGCCUUAACGCUCAGAACCUACUAUCAUACACCAAGUAAAAACUAUGCGCUUGUUUUGAAUACCCAAAAGGCUUGUCCGCUUAGCGCGGUAGUAAUUUUCGUUUUUUUGAUGGCAGGAGGAAAAUAAUAUUCCACAGCAUUUUCCUCUGAGUAAUAAUAAUAAAAAAAAUAGAAAUGAAAUCGUACUUGAGAAUUCUUUCUAAGUUUGUAAUGUUUGUAUUUAGAAGCGCAAGCGAAUUAUGAUCUUGUAACUUGAAUCUUGAGAGUUAGCUUGGAAGAGUCUGUAGAUAUUUUUUUUUCGCGAUGCCGUUUCGAAUGGUGUUAGCGUUCAUCGGAGUGCUGAAUUUAGAGGAAUUUUUUUUUUAAUUAGGGGUAAUUGAUGUUGAACUUUUUGAGUUGUCGGUGCGCCAGUUGGGUUAUGUUGAGUUGGGACUCAGAAGGUGCCUGCAGUAUCCACCAAUGCUUUAUCUUGAUGCGGGAACAAACUUAUUGUCGAAGAGUUGAUAAGUAGUCUGCUGGGGCGAACCCGGCGAUAGGAAAGCUAUGUGAUUAUCAUAAUGAUCGAUCUUACUUUCACCGCGAUCACACCGUUUGCCUUCUUUCUGCCGGAGGGAGAUUUUAAUUCUCUUUCAGACGGAAAAAAAUGUUUAUUUAUUUAUAUUUAAAAGGUCAUGUUAAAGAGAUCUAUUUGUAAACAUUUUAAUUUGUAGGUUUGAAAUGUAAAUUAUUGACGUUCAUAUGAUUGUGUAUUUUUUUUUUUUAAAUUUGUGGUCUACGAAGCAUAUCAAUCAUCACAAUUCAUUGUUAUUUAUUUCAAAUGUUUUAUUUGUUAACUGUCUUCUUGAAGGUAAUUAUAAUUGCGUGCCUUUUCAAUUAGGUAAAUCUCGUGUAUGAAAAUACUUGGGGAAGGGAGGUCCGGGUCAUAUUUUGAAGCAACUGGGCUAAGUAAUGCUGAGAAGUAACUUUUUUCUACUCGCUACAAAACCGUUGUUAGUAUUCUAUCAUAUCUUUCAUCAUAAAGUAUUUUGAUAUUAUUAAUACUGCGAAAUAAUUGCUAAAUGUUACAGUUAAAUGGGUAGUUUUAUCAUUAUACAAUAUGGCAGAUUAUCUUAAUUCAGUGGUUCAUGAAACUUACAUUGUGAAACUUAUUCAACGAAUUAAAUAUGCAUAUGACUUUGAUACUUUCCCAUUUUAUAUAGAAAAAAAUUUCAAAACAUGUUUUGGUAUAUUGACGUAUUGCUGCAAAUAUCUUCAUGAAUAUGCUGCGCACAGAGGUUUAUUUUUAAAGAUAGGCUAAGCUGACUGUUAUACUAUGUUUGACUCCUCAUUCCUUACAAACCUUUUAUCAGUGAAACUGUAUUUUCUAUUUAAUUGUGUUACCGUGUUUUAGAAUACCUGCAUUAAUCAUCACGGUAGUAAUUCCCUCUAUUUUGUUUGUGUCCUUUGCUAAUUUUUUUUCAUUUAUGUGGGUGAUUUGCGUUGUAUCCAACAUAUGAUAAAUCUUUUUUACUGUAUGAAACGGUGACAUAAAAUUUACACUGAGUAGACCUGAUAAAAAAUUAAAAUAUUUUAUUUUAUGAGCCACAAUCAAAAUCACAUCAGAUUAUUUUAAGAAGUGUUUUAUUUUUGUUUAAUAAAUUUUGGGAAAAAUAAAUACCUUAUGUGCAAAGUUCAGGACUUACACCUACAUACCGAUCGUAUUCUUCAUUUGAGUAGUAUUUUUAUUUUGUAUGAUUUGAGAAAAUGGUGUUUAAUUCCAGUUUUAUAUUCUGCCAUUUUAUUGGACUGUUGGCCCUUUUGUGUUUGUGUUGAUCGGUUGGUACCCACGCAAAAGCUUUGGGAUCGUCUUUCUUUUUCUCUUUCAAUUCCGUCGUGUAUUCAUCUCGAUUUUUUUCGUCCUCUGAAUUAUUAAUUGAUUAUAUUACUUGUUAUUGCGAAUGGUUGACUGCAUGGGUUCGUUUGUUGAAACAGUUUUUUGGAUGAGAAUAAAAUAUUACCUGUUGCUAUUUAAAUUAUGUUUCCUAUAAUAAAAUAUAUAAAUAAAAGAGUAAGCUUUUUUGAACAAUAAA